UAAAUAGUAGUAGCACCCAAAAUGGCAGCAGCGUUAGCAGAAGAGUUACCGAAAAGCGGUUUCAAUUUCGACAAUUGUAUAAGAAAUAGAUUGUUGGAAGGUAAAGGAUUAAAGGCUCCGAAGGCUCUGAAGACUGGUACGACCAUUGCUGGAGUGAUCUUUAAGGAUGGAGUUGUUCUCGGUGCCGACACAAGAGCUACCGAAGAUACUAUCGUAGCCGAAAAGAACUGCGAAAAAAUUCACUAUAUCCAGCCUAAUGUUUAUUGCUGCGGUGCUGGUACAGCCGCCGAUACGGAAAAGACAACUAAAAUGGUUUCUUCACAAAUGGAAUUGCAUCGCUUGAACACUGGUCGCCAGGUCCGUUUUGCAACAGUUAACCGAGCUCUUCGUCAGAUGCUUUUCCGCUACCAAGGACACAUCAGUGCUGCCUUAGUACUUGGUGGUGUUGAUGUUACCGGACCCCACUUGUCUUGUAUUUAUCCUCAUGGAUCUUCAUCUGUGCUACCAUUUGUAACAAUGGGUUCGGGAUCUUUAGCUGCAAUGGCUGUUUUCGAACAAGGUUAUAAGCCAGAUAUGGAGAGAGCAGAAGCAAUGAAACUAGUACGCGAUGCAAUUGCUGCUGGUAUUUUUAACGAUUUGGGAUCAGGUUCAUAUGUGGAUCUAUGUGUUAUAACAAAAGAUAGGACAGACUAUCUAAGACCUUUCGAUCAGGCUAACGAGAAGGGAAAGAGACAAGGUGUUUAUCAAUACCCUAAAGGAACUACAGCUAUUUUGGAAGAGAAAGUAAAGAAAAUCAGUUUUGAUGUUGUCGAUUCAAAACAAGAUAAUUGUAUUAUAUUUUGGUUGGUUCAUUUAGCUCCACUCCGUUUUAAGGCAGACCUAUGUUCAAGGAAUAUGACAGCUCCUCUUCGUAGAUUAUCAAGGUCUUUUUUAAAAUCUACCUUAGGAUUAUCUAGGGAGCAACGAUGCACUGCUUUUUACGAGGCUGAUAGGAAAGGAGGUUACUCGGAUAAAACAACUCAAUCCUUAACUUUAGGGAAUGCAGUCAAAAAAGGUCUUCCUAUGAUUCUUCCCGAGUGUAAAAAAUUUGCCAAAGAGUGGCAAGACAAUCUAAAACUAAAACAUAUUUUUCCUCUAAAUCAUGGAGACUAUGAAGUUCUUUGGAGAUUCGACGAGGACGAUGUAAAGGAUUGGUUAGUAACAUGUGACUCUGAUUUACUCGAGGGAAAAAGUAAAGCUGAGAUAUUAAAAACAGAAAACGAAACAGCGCUAUUUAGAGGCUUUCUAGAUAUAGAUGUUCCAGAUGAUGGUCAUACAAAAAAUGCAGGUUAUGCUAAUAUUAGAGCACCUGUAAAUAUGAAAUCAUUUAAACGUCAAAAACCAUAUGAUUGGUCGGAUUACACUCAUUUAUUAUUAAAAGUUCGUGGUGAUGGAAGAGCCUAUUCACUAGUAUUAGCAAUGGACAGAUAUUUCGACAUUCAAUGGAAUGACGUCUAUCAAUACCCACUCUUUACACGAGGUGGUCCAUAUUGGCAAAUAGCAAAGAUUCCUUUUAGUAAAUUCUUCUUAGCAUCUAAAGGACGGAUACAAGAUAAACAACAAAAAAUAGAUAGAGAAAGAAUUAAAUAUCUAGCAAUUACUGCUUCAGAUAGAUUUAAAGGUGAAUUUAAUUUAGAAAUAGACUUUGUUGGUAUCUUACGAGACGAAACUCAUAAAGAAGAAUUCCACUAUGAAAUGUACUACGUUGAUACAAAUAUGUUAUACUAA